AUGGGAGACGAGUCUUACCCAGCAUGCCGAGCUCAGGAGCUGUUCGACCAGUUUGUGUCGGCAGCGACCUGCAGGGCGGCGCUGCGCUCCUUCGGCCAGCUGUGCGAACAUCUGCAGCUGGACCGGAGCGCCGCCGAGAGGCCGCUGUACCGGCCAAUCAAACGCCGCCUCAACUACUGGAGGGCCAACGCUCUGUGGGCCAAACUGGACCGGAGGGCGGCGCAGGAGGAGUACCUGAGGGCCCGGGCCUGCAGCAACACGACGUGUGUGGUCAUCGGGGCGGGGCCUUGUGGUCUGAGGACGGCCGUGGAGCUGAGCUUCAUGGGAGCCCGAGUGGUUCUACUGGAGAAGAGGGACUCGUUCUCCAGGAACAACGUGCUCCACCUGUGGCCCUUCACCAUCCACGACCUGCGGGGCCUCGGGGCCAAGAAGUUCUACGGGAAGUUCUGUGCCGGCUCCAUCGACCACAUCAGCAUCCGUCAGCUGCAGCUGGUGCUGCUGAAGGUCGCCUUGCUGCUGGGAGUCGAAGUUCACGUCAACGUGGAGUUUAAGAACCUGGUGGAACCGCCGGAGAACCAGCACCGACACAAGGUGGGCUGGAGGAUGGAGGUCAGUCCCAAGUCUCAUCCCAUUGGUCAGCUGGAGUUCGAUGUUAUUAUUGGAGCAGAUGGACGCAGGAACACACUGCCGGGUUUCAGGCGUAAAGAGUUCAGGGGGAAGCUGGCCAUCGCCAUCACCGCCAACUUUAAAAACAGGAACACCACAGCCGAGGCCAAAGUGGAGGAGAUCAGCGGCGUCGCAUUCAUCUUCAACCAGAGGUUCUUCCAGGAGCUGCGGCAAGAAACCGGGAUCGACCUGGAGAACAUCGUGUACUACAAAGACGACACGCACUACUUCGUCAUGACGGCAAAGAAACAAAGUCUGUUGGACAAAGGAGUCAUUUUAAAGGACUUCACGGACACCGAGUUGCUCCUCUCUCGGGGCAACGUGGACCAGAAUGCAUUGCAAGCGUACGCCCGCGAGGCCGCAGACUUCUCCACCAAUCACCAGCUGCCGUGUCUGGACUUCGCCAUGAAUCAUUACGGCCAGCCGGACGUCGCCAUGUUCGACUUCACCUGCAUGUACGCAUCAGAGAACGCCGCCAUGGUCCGCCAGCGCCACGGACACCAGCUACUGGUCACACUGGUCGGAGACAGCCUGCUGGAGCCCUUCUGGCCAAUGGGAACUGGUGUAGCUCGGGGCUUUCUGGCAGCUCUGGACUCAGCCUGGAUGAUAAGAAGUUGGGCUCAAGGUGGAGCUCCUCUGGACAUCCUGGCUGAGAGAGAAAGUUUAUAUCAUCUGCUGCCUCAAACGACUCCAGAGAACAUGCAGAAGAACAUCAGUCUGUUCUCUUUAGAUCCAGCAACGAGAUACCUGAACAUCAGCCCUCUGACUGUCACACCUGCCCAGGUGAGACACCUGGUGGACACGGGGGAGAAGGCGGGGCUAAACACUGGCUGCAGUGACAUCCUCCGCCUGCCCUCCCCCCGACUCUUCAGGCAAGAGUCCUUCUCUCAGUCCAAUCAGCUGCUGACUUGGUGUCAGGAACAGACUCGUGGUUACCGCGGCAUCGACGUCGCCGACCUGACGACUUCCUGGAAGAGUGGCCUCGCUCUGUGUGCUCUCAUCCACCGAUACCGACCCGAUCUGAUAGACUUCGAGUCCCUGGACGAGUCGGCGGUGGAAGAAAACACCCGACUCGGCUUCGACGUGGCCGAGCAGGAGUUUGGGAUUUCUCCUCUGAUGACAGUGGAAGAGAUGUCGUCUGUUGGAGAACCGGACUCUCUGUCGAUGGUGAUGUACCUGAGCCAGUUCUACCAGCUUCUCAAAGACUCGGCGCCCCCUGCAGGCUGCCUGACUCGGAGCUCUGACCUGAGAUCAGCUCUCAUCACUCCGGCCUUCCUGCUCAGCAGACUGGGAACCAGUCCGUCCAGGAAGAGGAACCCUAAGGAGAACAGCGACGCCCUGGGCAAGAGGAGGAAGACCAGUCAGCCGAGUCGAGAGCUGGAGGAGUCAUGUGACCUGAACGGUCUUGUCGACGGCCAGCUGUGCGAGGAGGUGUUUGUGGGCGGAGCCAGUCGGUCCAGGGUUCGCCUGAUGGCCAAUCAGCUGCAGGCGAAGCUGGACGAAGGUUCUUCUACGAGCAGAACUUCUUCUUCUUCUCAGGCUGCAUCUCUGCGUCGACAGUGUCUUCGUAUGUACACUGGCGGAGUGAGCUCAUUGGCUGAGCAGAUAGCCAAUCGUAUUCAGAGUCAGGAGGAAGCUGGUGCGGUUUCCGGCUGCAGCGACGUCUGUUUCUUCUGCAAGCAGAAGGUCUACGUGAUGGAGCGUCUGAGCGCCGAGGGCCUCUUCUUCCACCGCAGCUGCUUCCAGUGCGACUCCUGCGGCAGUUUGCUGCGACCGGCUUCGUACGGCUACGACCAGAGCAGCGGGAGGUUCUACUGCCUGCAGCCCUCUGAGUGUCGACUCAGCGCUCCGACUGUGAGGAAGAGACCGACCCGGUCCGACAGAGCUGCUUCACACCGAGCGUCCAUAGUGUCUCUGAGUUCGGGCCCGUCUCUCUCCAACUCGCUGGCCUCGGACCGCCGCCGGUCCUCAGCUGCUUCUGUGAUGGCGGCGACGCCGGAGAGGAUCGAGCUGGAAAACUACCGCCGGAGCUCGAGGACGGAGCUGCAGGAGGAACCGGAGGAACCGGAGGAGGUUUCUGAGGAGAUCCUGAACCGCUUCAACCUGAGCAUGGACGAAGAGGAGGAGGAGGAGGAGGAGGAGGAAGAGGAGGAGGAGGAAGAGGAGGCUGAGCGUCGAUGCCUUGUGACCUCGGAGGAAGCUUCGUGGAGGGAAACUCUGCAGCUCCGCCAGAGAGGCGACGAGGACGGCGAGGACGGAGGCAGCGAGAUGGAGUCCAGCGACGAGGGGGAGUACAGCCCCUGGGACAUGGAGCGGCGCUCGGGCCUCUGGCUCCUGAUAGAGGAGGAGGACUCAGAGGAACCUUCUCCUCAGCGCUCCGACACACCUGUUGACUUUGACUCCGCCUCCAUCCCGCUGCCCUGCACCUCCUCCUUGUCCUCCACGCCUCCCUACUUGACUCCGCCCCUUGGUGCCACGCCCUCCACGGCCUCAUUUGUCACCAUUCCUGACUCCGCCCCCGAGGAGGAGGCCGCCACAGCGCCGCUAGUGCCUGCCGUUGUCGUGGAGACGGCGGCCCAGAGACUGGGAGGGCGGGGCUCCUUUGAUGACAUCACCCCCGAACUGCCGCAGAAAAAGCCCCUCCUCCUACUGGGGAGGGAGGCGGAGUCAGAUGAACAGGGGGUGGUGUCAGAUGAGGAGGCGGAGUCAGAGGGGUUGAGGAGGAGGGGACAUAGGGAAGCUUGCAGCCUCCCCCCUCUCCAGACCGGGGGCGGGGCUCUCCUCCUCCAUCUGAAGGGCCUCGCAGUGGCUCCGCCCCCUGGACAGGUGGGGGAGGGAGGAGGCGGAGCUAGAGCCCUGUUGAAGGCGGUGUUUUCUGGAAACAUUAAAGAGCAGACGAAGAAGAGGGGCAGAACCUUACCGGCAGAGAGAACGAGGAGGGAAACAGCCAAUCAGAGGAGAGCCACAGAUGUGAGAGGGGAGGAGUCCGAUCUGGACUCAACGACAGUGCUGCAGAGAUGUUCCCUGAAACCCCAAAACAACUUGCGGUUGGAGCUGUUGGACAUCACGUCUGAAAUGAAGAGAAUCACAAUAAAGGAGGAGGAGGAGAACCAGGAGCCAGCAUACGUUCCUCAUGCUCUGGCUUUCAGACGAUCGUACGCCAUCAAGAGACGCUCGCUGAGGGACAGAGUUCCUCUCCAGGACUCUGAUGGGCGGUCCUCCUGUCCUACGGAGGUGGUGGGCAUCCUGACUCAGCCGAAAGAGGCGUCCAGCCUGAGCGUGAAGGAGACCUUGUUCCAGAAGAAGCAUGAGGACGAAGAUGAAGACCUGGAUGCCAAAAUCACCCGACGGGUUCAGAGAGCUGCGAGAAGACAAGCCAAACAGGAACAGCUGAAGAGACUCCACAAGGCCCAGAUGAUCCAGAGGCAGCUGCAGCAGGUGGAGGAAAAACAGAGAGAACUGGAGGAGAGAGGAGUGAUGGUGGAGAAAGCUCUGAGAGGAGAAGCAGAUUACUGGGAAGACUCCACCCACAGUCCAGACAUGGAGCUUCACCUGGGAGGUCUGGGUAAACUGGAGAACCCGCCUCUGAUGCAGCAGUGGUUCCAGCUGGUCCAGCAGAAGAACUCUCUGGUUCGAUACGAGUCUGAACUCAUGAUAUUUGCUCGAGAGUUGGAGCUGGAGGACAGACAGAGUCGACUGCAGCAGGAGCUCAGAGAGAGAAUGGCAGUGGACGACCACUUGAAGGGGGCGGGGCAGCUGGCUGAGGAGCGUCUGAUCCUGGAGGAGAUGCUGGAGGUGGUGGAGCACCGAGACUCUCUGGUGUCUCUGCUGGAGGAGCAGCGGCUGCAGGAGCGACAGGAGGACCAGUACCUGCAGCAGGUGAUGAAGACAGCCGGAGGGCUGGGACUCACCUGGACCUGACACACCUGUCCCAGCCAGGUUCGUUCAGCUUAGGACGAGAAAUGGAUGAUGGUGAAACUCGACACAAACUUCUGAUCAACAACCCGACUGAAGGCAGAAAGAGGAACCACGAGGCCUCC